AUGACAGAAAAGCCUGUGAUCUCACAGUUUAUGAGAGAUAAGGCCAGUCGAACUAGACUCGCCAUUGAAUCUUUCUAUGCUCAAACCGUCACACAGGCUGUUGAACGCGAUUCUCGAGCGAAAAAGCUUGAGGAAAAAAUGGCUGCGGAAGGUGAGCAUGUCAGGCUUGUUCAAAAAAUUGACAGUGGCCAUAUUUAUGCGAUGAAGAUACUUCGAAAAAGUGAGAUGUUGGAAAAGGAACAAACUGCACACGUUCGAGCUGAACGAGACAUUUUAUCUGAAGCGGACUGCGAAUGGGUAGUGAAGAUGUACUAUUCUUUUCAAGAUUUUGCUAACUUGUAUCUCGUUAUGGAGUUUUUACCUGGAGGUGAUAUGAUGACUUUACUAAUCAAGAAGGACACCCUGAGCGAGGAAGCGGCCCAGUUCUACAUUGCCGAAGCAGCGCUGGCUAUCCAGUUCAUUCACAACCUGGACUUCAUUCAUCGCGAUAUCAAACCUGAUAACCUUCUCUUGGAUGCCAGGGGUCACGUGAAAUUAUCAGAUUUCGGAUUGUGUACUGGGCUUAAGAAAAUCCAUCGUACAGAACACUAUAGGAACUGGCCCUCACAACUGCCCCCAGAUUUUGUAUCGAAGCCAGUCGAGUCCAAACGCAAGGCUGAAACUUGGAAGAAAAACCGGAGAGCUUAUGCGUACUCGACCGUAGGCACACCAGAUUAUAUUGCCCCUGAGGUCUUCCAACCAAAUGGUUAUACAAAAAGUUGCGAUUGGUGGAGUCUCGGUGUUAUCCUUUAUGAGAUGCUCAUUGGCUACCCACCGUUUUGUUCUGAAACCCCGCAAGAGACCUAUCGAAAAGUUGUGAAUUGGCAACAAACGCUGGUUUUCCCUCCAGAAAUGCCAAUCAGUGUGGAUGCAAAGACGACAAUCAAGCGGUUUUGCUGCGAACCUGAACGAAGAAUGGGACACAACGGAGGUCUUGAAGAGAUCAAGCAGUGUAUAUUCUUCAGGCGUAUCGACUGGAACCACAUUAGAGAACGUCCCGCCCCUAUCCGGGUAGAGGUAAAAAGCAUCGACGACACCAGCAACUUCGAUGAUUUCCCAGACGUUGACCUCCGAUGGCCUGUUGUGAGCGUCCCACAAAAACCGGAAGAGCAACCCGGUCAUCGUGGCGAAUUUGUCGAUUUCACUUACAAACGAUUUGAUGGUCACACACAGAAAAUGCGCUACAGUGAAAUGCACAAGCAGCCACGCGGCCCUGGAGAAGGAACACAGACAGCGGUGUGA